GGGGCGGAUUCUGUGACGCGGUUUGACAGGCGGCGGCGGCGGUCGGAGCGGCUCCUGGGUCUGUCUCUAUGGCUUCCGCUUUGACUCAAGGGUUGGAGAGAAUCCCAGACCAGCUGGGUUACCUGGUCAUUAGUGAAGAUGGAGUGUUGUCUUCGGCAGGUGAGCUGGAGAACGACGAACAUGCUGCUGGGGUGAUCAUGCGCAUGAUGCAGACCGCCGUCAAACUCUGCAUGAACGGCAGCAGCGAGCCUUUCUUCAAGAGGAUGUCUGUGGUAUUCGGGGAACACACAUACAUGGCAACGAUCUCUGGACAGAAGGUGUUUGUGGUAAAAAGGCACAAUAACCCUCACGAGGCAGUUGAAGUAUAACUUGGUAUCGGAGAGAGAUGAAGCUGCCUUCGUUCCUAAUGGUGUGGAUCAUACCAUCAAGAGGACUUUUCACACAAACCCAUUUCCAUCAGUAAACUGAAUCUUCUGUUUAGGAACAGCCAAAUUUUUUUGCUGCCUCCUGACUUGUUCCUUCAAAAGAAUGUCUGGCUUCCUCCAGCCCGAUCUCUCGAUGUCUGUGACUCCUCUGCAACGUUUGACAAUCAUUUUCCCGUCGCGUGCACACAAAACAAUGCUGAGACUAUGAAGCUGUUAGACUUAAUUUUCCCCCCCACCUCUGCCCUCAACUUUUUCAUUAACCAGUGAAAAGAUAACUUCAACAUGCAUUAGUCUAAAUAUCACCAGACUCUCUCUCGAUGCUAUGUAUAUUAAUGGAAUGGAGAAGAUGGGGAGAGAUCGGUAGAAAUUCAGAUGCUACUGUACUGUGGAAUCUAUCAUUACUGCUCUGCUUGUAACUUGCAUCGUAUCAGUUAACUGUAGAGUCACAAUAAAGUUUUGUUAUACACAAA